AUGGCUCACCUCGGCGCCUCCGCCGCCGCGGCCACGGGCGCCGGCGGAGACGGCGAGGAAGCGUUCUGGACGGCGUGCCCGCACUGCUGCUACGUGCACUCGUACCCGCGGCCGUACCUCGGGCGCCGCCUCCGCUGCCCGACGCCCACCUGCCGCCGCGCCUUCCCGGCCGACGAGCUCCCCACCGCUCCGCCCGUCGUCCCCGGCGCCGACAUGUACUUCUGCACCUGGGCAUUCUUCCCGCUCGGCCCGCCCGCCACCCCCGACGGCUGGGCGCCAUUCACCCCCUUCCACACCUUCAACCAACCGCCCUCCCCUUCCCCCACCCCAAACCCCUCCGCCGCCACCGCCAGCACGCCCAGCAGCGCGGGACCCACCUCGAGGAGGAAGGUAGGAGUGUGCCUCAAGGGCAGGGCCCGCGCCGAGGCGGAGGAGGAGGCCGCCACCGCCGUCAAUUUCGAAGCCGAGGCGGAUGGGCUCGGGGGGAAAGGCAGCAGCGGCAUCGACAUAAACGAGGCGGUGGACCUCAGCGAACUGGGCUUCCGCGUCGACGAGAUGGGGGUCCUCCACGAUUUGCCGUGACCGAUCGAGGGGAGGAGGAAGAAAGGUUGUGCCUUUUGAACGUAAUCUCGCUCUUGUUACUGCUGCUUACCCACUAACUGCUCAACAAGGUAGAUGGCUGGAAAAAUGGAGUCGUGGUAUCGAAUCCGCAUACUUUUGUUUAGCUUAGUUUAGUUUCUGAUGGAAAUGUGGGGUUUAGCGAUGCAAAGUUGCUAGAGUUUCUCCACG